AUGGGGAACAAAAACACGAAAGCACUUCAAAAAGGGGCACAGGUUGAUAAAACUGGUGAUCUUGGGUUCACCGCUUUUCACGCUGCUGCAUCGACCGGCCAUGUAGAUGAAGCAGUGCAAGCUAAUAUUCCUAAUAUGAAGGAACAAGCAGCAUUCAACACAGCUUCAUUACACGGCCAUCUGGAUAACGCUAAAUUCCUUAUAAAGAAAGGAGCAGAGCUUGAAAAGCACGAAGGUGCAGGAUUCACUGCCUUACAUCAUGCCGUGCUGGAAGGUCGUCCGGAUACCAUAGAUCAUCUAGUCACCGAAGGAGCCGAUGUAAAUAAUACAACAGAUGAUGGUCGGACAGUUCUCCACUUUGCGGCUAUGAGCAAUAAUCUUGAGAUUAUGAAAUAUCUUAUCAGCAGAGGAGCAGAGCUUGAUAAGCCCGAUGAUGCAGGAUUCACUGCCUUACAUCUUGCCGUGCUGGAUGGUCAUUUGAAUACCAUAGAAUAUCUGGUCACUGAAGGAGCCGAUGUGAAUAAAGCAAUAGGUAAAGGUCAGACAGCCCUCCACUUUGCUGCAAAGAGCAAUCAUCUUGAAGUCGUGAAAUAUCUUAGCAGUAAAGGAGCAGAGCUUGAUAAGCCCGAUGAUGCAGGAUUCACUGCCUUACACCUAGCCGUGCUUGAAGGUCUACUGGAUACCAUAGAAUAUCUUUUAACUAAAGGGGCCGAUGUGAAUAAGGCUGACAAAGAAGGAAGGCAUUCGCUACAUUUAGCUGCAGGAAAGGGGCACCUAGAUGUUCUGCAGUAUCUUCUCGGCAAAGGAGCAAAGUCCGAUCAGGCCGAUGAUGAUGGGAUUAACGCUCUAGAUUAUGCUAUAAAAGAUGGUCAUCUCGAUGCCACAAAACAUCUGUUCAGUCUUCCUGCCGAAGGCGAUAGAGAUGGGGAUAGAGAAUUCUAUGCAUUCCAUCUUGCUGCAUGUGCGGGUCAUAUUGACAUCAUGAAGCAUUUCCUCAGCGAAGGAGCAAAUAUUGAUGAGAUUGGUGCUAACGGUUACACCGCCUUUCAAUUUGCUGCAAUGACUGGUUAUCUUGAAGUUUGUCAAUAUCUUCUCAACGCCGGUGCACAUUUCGAUAUUCAACACAAAGAGCAUGUUGAAGGUUUGAGAUUUUCGCCAUAUCUUCUCGCGGCAGCUAAUGGGCAUCUUGAGAUCAUGAAAUGUCUUAUCAGCAGAGGAGCAGAGGUUGAUAGGAAAGAGGGUGCAGGAAUCACUGCCCUACACCUUGCCGUGAUGAAAGGUCAACUGGAUCCAAUAAAAUAUCUGGUCACUAAAGGAGCUGAUGUGAAUAAAGCAACAGAUAGUGGUCAGACAGCUCUCCAUUUUGCAGCGUCAAACGGUGAUCUUGAGAUCAUGAAAUAUCUUAUCAGCAGAGGAGCAGAGGUUGAUAAGGCUGAGAGUACAGGAUUCACUGCCUUACUUCAUGCCGCACUGAAAGGUUAUCUGGAUCCCAUAAAAUACCUGGUCACUAAAGGAGCUGAUGUGAAUAAAGCAACAGAUAGUGGUCAGACAGCUCUCCAUUUUGCAGCGUCAAACGGUGAUCUUGAGAUCAUGAAAUAUCUUAUCAGCAGAAGAGCAGAGGUUGAUAAGGCUGAGAGUACAGGAUUAACUUCCUUACAUCAUGCCGUGCUGGAAGGUCAUCUGGACACCAUGGAAUAUCUGGUCACUGAAGGAGCUGAUGUGAAUAAAGCAACAAAUGAUGGUCGCACAGCUCUCCAAUGUGCAGCGGUAAACGGUCAUCUUGAGAUCAUGAAAUGUCUUAUCAGCAGAGGAGCAGAGGUUGAUAGGGCAGAGAGUACAGGAUUAACUGCCUUACAUCAUGCCGUGCUGGAAGGACAUCUGGACACCAUGGAAUAUCUGGUCACCGAAGGAGCUGAUGUGAAUAAAGCAACAAAUGAUGGUCGCACAGCUCUUCACUUUGCUGCAAAGAGCAAUCAUCUUGAAGUCAUGAAAUGUCUUAUCAGCAGAGAGGCAGAGGUCGAUAUGGCCGAGAGUAUAGGAUUCACUGCCUUACAUUAUGCCGUGAUGGAAGGUCAUCUGGAUACCAUAGAAUAUCUAGUCACUAAAGGAACAGAUAUGAAUAAAGCAAUAUGUAAUGGUCGGACAGCUAUCCACUUUGCGGCAAUGAGCAAUCAUCUUGAAGUCGUGAAAUAUCUUAUCAGCAGAGGAGCAGAGCUUGAUAAGCCCGAUGAUGCAGGAUUCACUGCCUUACAUCUUGUCGUGCUUGAAGGUCUACUGGAUACCACACAAUAUCUUGUAACUAAAGGGGCCGAUGUGAAUAAAGCAAACGAAAAUGGUGACACAGCCCUCCUCAUUGCAGUGGCAAGCGGUCAUCUUGAGAUCAUGAAAUGUCUUAUCAGCAGUGGAGCAGAGGUUGAUAGUGCAGAUAUUUCAGGAUUCACUUCCUUACAUCAUGCCAUGCUGGUAGGACCACUUGAUACCAUAGAAUAUCUGGUUACUAAAGGAGCAGAUGUCAAUAGGGCUGACAAAAAGGGAAGGCAUUCGCUACAUUUUGCUGCUGGAGAGGGGCGCCUAGACGUUCUGCAGUAUCUUCUCGGCAAAGGAGCAAGGUCCGAUCAAGCCGAUGAUAAUGGAAUUACCGCUCUAGAUUAUGCUAUAAGAGGCGGUCAUCUCGAUGUCACAAAACAUCUUCGCAGUAUUUCAUCCCAAGGCGAAAGAGAUGGGGAUAGAGCAUUCUAUGAAUUCCAUCUUGCGGCAUGUGCGGGUCGUAUUGACCUCAUGGAGCAUUUCCUCAGCGAAGGAGCAAAUAUCAAUAGGACUGGUGCUAAUGGGUUCACCGCCUUUCAAUUUGCUGCAAAGAGUGGUAACCUGGAAGUUUGUCAAUUUCUUCUCGACGCAGGCGCACAUAUCGAUAUUGAAGACAAAGAACAUGUUGAAGAUUUUGAAUUUUCUCCAUAUGUUCUCGCGGCUGCUAACGGGCAUCUUGAUAUCAUGAAAUAUCUUAUCAGCAGAGGAGCAGAGGUUGAUAAGGCUGAGAGUUUAGGAUUCAUUGCCUUACUUCAUGCCGCGCUGAAUGGUCAUCUGGAUCCCAUAAAAUACCUAAUCACUAAAGGAGCCGAUGUAAAUAAAACAACAGGUGUUGGUCGCACAGCCCUCCAUUUUGCAGCGUCAAACGGUCAUCUUGAGAUCAUGAAAUAUCUUAUCAGCAGAGGAGUAGAGGUUGAUAAGGCUGAAAGUACAGGAUACACUGCCUUACAUUUUGCCGUGCUGAAAGGUAAUCUGGAUUCCAUAAAAUAUCUGGUCACUAAGGGAGCUGAUGUGAAUACAGUAACUGAUGGUGGUGAGACAAAUCUCCAUUUUGCAGCGUCAAAUGGUUAUCUUGAGAUCAUGAAAUAUCUUAUUAGCAGAGGAGCAGAGGUUGAUAGGUCAGAGAGUCAUGGACUUACUUCUUUGCAUUUUGCAAUAAUGAAAGGUCAUGUUGAAGUCAUUGGAUAUCUUCGAAGCCUAGGGGCACGAUAUGACAUGAGUAAUGAACGCGGAGGUACUGCAUUACAUAUCGCUGCAUUGGAAGGCCAUGUUGAUGUAGUAAAGUAUAUACUCGGCCUAGGAAUGGAGGUGGACAGGGUUGAUAAAUUCGGAACUACUGCAUCCCAUCUUGCAGCAUCGAACGGUUAUCUUGACCUAAUGCAAUUUCUUAUCAGUAAAGGGGCGCAGGUUGACAAAACUGAUGACCUUGGGUUCACCGCUUUUCAUGUUGCUGCAUCGACCGGCCAUUUAGAUGUAGUGAAAUAUCUCCUCGAUAAAGCAGUGCAAGCUAAUAUUCCUAAUAUGAAGGGAAAAACAGCAUUCCACACAGCUUCAUCAAACGGCCAUCUGGAUAUUGUUGAAUUCCUCGUAACGAAAGGAGCAGAGGUCGAUAAGGCUGACAGUGAAGGAUUGACUGCCUUACAUCAUGCAGCUCGGAAGGGUCACCUCGAUGUAGUUAAAUGUCUGCUUAGUGGAGGAGCUGAUGUUAUUAAGGGGACACCUGGUGUUGGCCAAACGGCCAAAGGAGCCAAGGUAGACAUGCCUGAUAGGAAAGGAUUAACAGCAUUGCAUCUUGCUGCACGAGCCGGUCUUCUGGAUAUUACAGGCUAUUUGCUAAGUGAAGGAACUGCAUGA